AUGCAACUAAGGCCAAAGCUUUACCAGCUGACAUUGCAGAGAUCUUCUGCAAUCACGCAUGCCAUCUACGGCAACUUCUCGGCCCCAAAGGCGCAGGAGAUUGUCUGCUCCCGGUACAAGACGCUGGAACUUCUGAGGCCAGACGAUUCUGGGAAAGUUCAAAGUAUCUUGUCCGUGGAGAUCUUUGGUGUUAUCCGAGCUCUGCACCCGUUUAGACUAACAGGAGCCAGCCGUGAUUACAUAGUCGUCGCAUCGGACUCCGGGAGAAUAGUUAUUCUGGAAUACGAUGGCACAAAGAACAUGUUCGAGAAGGUACACCAAGAGACCUUUGGCAAGACAGGUUGCCGAAGAAUUGUGCCUGGUCAGUAUCUUGCAGUUGACCCCAAGGGACGUGCAGUUAUGAUUGGUGCGAUUGAGAAGCAGAAGUUUGUGUACAUCUUGAAUCGGGAUUCAGCGGCGCGGCUGACGAUUUCAUCGCCACUGGAGGCGCACAAGAGUUACACCCUAGUAUAUGCCAUGGUUGGCAUGGAUGUGGGAUUUGAGAAUCCGCUCUUUGCAAGCAUUGAGCUCAGCUACGAAGAGGUGGACAAGGACCCGCAGGCAGAGCCUCCUCAGAAGAUGUUGACGCUCUAUGAGAUGGAUUUGGGAUUGAACCAUGUCACGCGGAAGUUUGCAGAUGCUGUGGACCACAGUGCGCACGCCCUGAUUGCUGUGCCUGGUGGUGUGGAUGGGCCGAGCGGUGUGCUGGUUUGCUGUGAGAACUGCCUGGUCUACAAGAAGCAAGGGCAUCCUGACGUGGUCUGCGCGAUUCCGAGGCGCCUUGAGAUGGCCCAGGAAAAGGGACUACUCAUUGUGGCCCAUGCCACGCAUAAGCUCAAAGACUUCUUCUUCUUUUUGAUCCAGAGCGAGUAUGGGGACCUCUACAAGGUGACGUUGACGCAUGAUGAGGACCUUGUCUCAGAGGUCCAGGUCAAGUACUUUGACACCGUGCCGCUCUCCAAUGCGCUCUGCGUUCUCAAGACUGGCUUCCUUUUUGCUGCAGCUGAGUUCGGCAACCAUGCCCUGUAUCAGUUCCAGGGUAUUGGCACGGACGAAGAGGAUCCGAUGUGCACAUCUUCGCAUCCUCACGGGGCACAGGCACUCGUUGCCUUCAAGCCGCGAGCGCUCAAGAACUUGAUGCUCUACGAUGAGAUGCCUUCUCUGUCUCCUGUGAUCGACAUGAAGGUUUUGGAUGCCACGGGUGAGGGCAAGCCGCAGCUCUAUGCCAUGUGUGGCCGAGGUCCACGAGCCUCUUUGAGAGUUCUUCGGCAUGGCUUGGCAGUGACUGAGAUGGCCGUGAGUGAGCUACCGGGAAAGCCGAAUGCAGUUUGGACCGUGAAGGCCACCAUGGACAGCGAGUAUGACCGAUACAUUGUGGUGUCCUUCGUAGACGUAACUCUCGUGCUGUCCAUUGGUGACACAGUGGAGGAGGUUCUGGACAGUGGCUUUCUUGCCACAGCUCCCUCUUUGCUCAUCCAGUUGAUGGCAGAUGAUUCUUACGUGCAGGUGCACCCUACGGGCAUCCGCCACUUGUUGCCACGGAGAACAAACGAGUGGAGGGUGCCUGGUCAGAAGCGCAUCGUAACAGCUGCUGCGAACGAGCGACAGGUUGUCAUUGCAUUGUCUGGUGGCGAAAUCUUGUAUUUCGAGAUUGACGAGAGCCACACUCUCAACGAGGUGGCUAAGCGUGACAUGAACUACGAGGUCCUAUGCAUUGCAGUGCAGCCCGUCCCGGACAACCGGCAGCGCGCAUCUUUCAUGGCUGUUGGAGGUGUGGACAACACCAUUCGAAUCCUGUCGCUGGAGCGUGAGAGGCCCCUGAAGCAGCUCAGUGCCCAAGCUUUGCAAUCACCUGCUGAAAGCGUUUGCCUCCUGGAGAUGAAGAACCUGGGACAAGCUGAGGAUGUCCAUAGCUUGUUCCUCAGCAUCGGUCUCAGUAGCGGCAUCCUCAUCCGGUCUGUGGUUGACUUUGUCACUGGUACGCUGAGCGAUCAGCGAUCCCGGUUUUUGGGGGCCAAAGCCGUGCGACUGCACAAGGUCUCAGUCCAGGGAAUGCCAGCGAUGCUUGCUUUGAGCACAAAGCCGUGGCUCUCUUACAAUUUCCAGGGCAAGAACCAUUGCACCCCUAUGAGCUAUGAGCAGUUGGAGUUCGCUUCCUCCUUUGCAUCAGAACAAUGCCCAGAAGGUUUUGUUGCAAUCUCUGGCAACACUCUGCGCAUUCUGGCCUGUGAGAGACUGGGUGAGCUCUUCAACCAGACAGUUAUGAACUUGUCCUACACUCCUCGACGCUUUGUGCCGCUUCCUCCCGCCGUCCUGCCACCGCCUGGGCAGCCAACCACCGAUCCCAUUAUGUUGGCGAUCUUGGAAGCGGACCACAACGCGUAUAACGAGGAGACGAAGCGAGAGAUCAGAGCAGCGCUGAAGAAGAUCCGCCUGACAAAAACGGUGGACGAUGAGCUUGAUGAUGUGAAGGAUGAGGAUGACGAGGAGGAUCUUCCAGAAGCGCAGGUCGGUACCUUCAAGGCCGGUGAAGGCAAAUGGGGGUCCUGCGUGCGAAUCGUCAAUCCAUCCAACUUGCUGCCGGUGUUCAAGCUCGAUCUAGACAUCGAUGAGGCUGCGCUGUGCUUGACAGUUUGCUACUUCUCUCAGCUGGCCAACCAGCCUUGCUUGGUUGUCGGAACUGUAUACAACAUGACGUUGUACCCGCGACAUGCACCCAAGGCUACCAUCAAAACAUACAUGUACGAUGAGCGCUACCAUCUCCAACUCAUUCACUCUACCCCGCUUGAUGAUGUGCCGCUUUGUCUCUUCCCGUUCGAAGGCCGUCUUCUGGCCAGCGUCGGAAAGUGCCUGCGGAUUUAUGAGCUGGGCAAGCGCAAGUUGUUGCGGAAGUGCGAGUACAAGAACAUUCCUGAAGGUCUGAUGUGGAUGCACGUUAAGGGGGACAAGAUCUUCACGGCUGACUUGCGCGAGUCCUUCCACAUCUUCAAGUAUCGUCGAUCAGACAAUCAGCUUUUCGUCCUUGCUGAUGACCAAGCUCCAAGAUGGACGACCUGCGCAACUGUUCUGGACAGUAUGACCAUGGCAGGCGCCGACAAGUUUGACAACUUCUUCAUCAGCAGAAUACCAGACGAGGCUCGCGAUGACGAAGGUGGCGACCACACUGGCCUUCGCUUGAAGGCUGACACAGCCUACCUCACCGGCGCGACGCCAAAGCUGGACAACAUCGUGCAGUUCCAUGUCGGUGAUACGGUGACCGCCCUCGAGAAGACCACGCUGGCACAGGGUGGAAGCGAACUGAUUUGCUACUCCACACUCCUAGGUGCGAUUGGUGCCUUCUAUCCUUUUGCUGGGAAGGAUGAGUUGGACUUCUUCCAGCACUUGGAAAUGUUUGUGCGGGCAGAGAAGCCUCCUUUGUGCGGAAGGGACCACAUCAUGUACCGUUCCUACCACUUUCCAGUGCAGAGUUGCGUUGAUGGGGACCUGUGCGAGCAGUUUAUGACGCUCACAGCUGAGAAGCAGAGACUGAUUGCUAGCGAGUUGGACCGGACACCAGCAGAGAUCAUCAAGAAGCUGGAGGAUAUGCGCAAUCGGCUGAUCUGA